GGGCGGGACUAAGGGGCGGCAGCGGCGGGGCUUUUGAGCGGCGCUGCGGGGCCUGGCUGAGCGGCCCCUACUACUAGUCUCUCCCUCCUCCUCGGAGCCAUGUCGCUGCUGAGGCGGAACUGCUUCCUCGGAGGAGCCUCCAGGAGGCCGCCCAAGGCCGGCAGGAAGAAGCCCAGCCCGGCCAGGCAGGAGUGGGACAGCACUAUUCAUGAUCUCACUGUGCAUCGUGCAACUCCUGAGGAUAUUGCUCUAAGACAUGAGAUGCACAAGUCAAAGAACAAAGCCCUUGUACACUUGGAACUGCAAGAAAAACUAUUAAAGAGCACAUCGAAGAAGCUGAGGCCAAGCGCUCCAAAAUCUGUAGAGAAAAAGAAGAUAGCUUUGAUGAGAGAAAUUAUCUCUAAUCAGUACCAACUGCAGGAUGUCUUGGAGAGAGCUGAUCAAGCCAUGGCUGUGGUGAAAGACCUAUUUGGAGAUGCUCCUCAGUGGCAUUUAGGUUUUCCCAAUGUGACAGUAGCUCCUGAUUAUGAUGUGGAAUCCUCUCAGGGUCCCAUUGUACAAAAGACUGAUCCUCCUACACAGCUCUCCAUUCUUAAUGAGUCUGUCAUGGAUCCUCAGGCUCUUAAUGAAGCAGAAGAAUGCUCUUUUGUGUGCAAGACAAAUGGUGUGGAUGAUGUGUAUCCGAACACCAGAUCAAGCACUUACACAAACAGAGUGCUUCACCUUCCAAAAGAAGAAGACUGCGUAGUCAAUUGCCAAGAAGAGGCUUCUAAGCAACAAGUAUCUACAGUCUCAACAUCAGAGGAAGCAGAUGUACUUUUGACUCCAGCAGCAAGUUUUCAGUCACAGGGACAGUCAGCCCUGAAUGCUACUAAUGUAGUCAAGAGAGCCCACUCAAGAUUUCCAAAUGAAGAGCACACUCCAGAUACCAUAUAUGCUGUACAUGAAGUACUGAAUGGCAAAGGACGGAAGCAAAAGCAUACAUCAACAAAAGUGAAGAAAAAACAAACUGUACAUACGCCUGCUGGGCAGAUGAAGAUCAAUUUGAGCACUGCUUCUACUUCCAUAACCGUCAAUGGCCGGAAUUCCAGCCUAGAGUACCUGAACCAAAGGAUGUAUGAUAUGGAGCAUGAAAUGGAGGAAUAUGAGAGGUGGAUGGGGCAUAAAAUCCAAUGUGUACACAGUAGCCAAGGCGUUUCUGGAUUUACUCACUCUCUGGUGAAGCCUUUGUGUCGGAUGUUGCGCUGUUUGAAGGAGACUGAGACAAAAGUACGGCAAGAAAUAAGGAACAGGGAGCAGCUUAAAAAGGAGUUAAGUGAACACAGAGCCCUCAUUGAUGCUCUAACUGCUGAAGUUCUUUUGAUGAGAGAAGAAAACCUUGUUAUGCAGAAUAUACUCCAGCAGAACCUGGUUGCACAAGACGAACAGUCAUUCACAAGUGUACCUCCUGUCACUGAUUCAGGCAGGAUGACAAAUUAUGGAGAGACUGGGGAGUUUUCAGUCGGGAGUCCAGAAGCCACUAGAGCAGAGAACCCCAUUUCAAAAUGUGUUGGGGCAAAGAUGGCUGUGCCUGAACUCUUGCAUGCGGAUCUUCCCAGGAAAAGUGCAGUGUUGCUACAUCCUCCUGAUAAAAUCCAUCCAAAGCCUUUGGUAUCUUCUGGUAUAUUCCAACCAGCUGUCAUGUUAGCUCCACCACUGCAGAAAGGCAGCCAGGCCUCGCCUCUUGCUCAGGACGAUUACAUUAAGAGAGAGCCAAAUGAAAAACAGGAGCACUCUGCCUCACACCAGUCACUUGUGGUACCGAAGGAUGUCAGUCCUUUUGUCCAGAGAGAUGAUAGUCUUAUUGCAACCAAACCUUUACAGAAUUCUCCUUACUUAUAUGACCACCUACUAGUAAGCACCUUCUCUGCAGAAUUGGGACAAGGUGAUGGUGAUUUCACAGAGAGAAUCAAUCCUAGUGCAAUCAUGAUGUCUACACAGAAUGAUGAUCUGCAGCAGCAAAUAGCUGAGCUAACACUCCAGAAUUCACUUAAUAAAUCUCAGCUAAGCAAAUUCAAGCACUACCAUCAGGAGACAAGCAGUAAUUUGCAACAACCUUUCACAAAGCAGGAUGGAUCAACUAUGGAAGCUCAGAGAGAUAGCCAAGCCAUAAGCAAAGUGAAGGAAUUACCAAAGAGUUUGGAUGAACGAAUAGCUGAGUUGAAUCGCCAGAGUGCAGAAGCACGUGGAAAACUGUUGCUGCUGACGAAACAGGAAAUAUUAUCCCCAUUCAUCUCUGUGUCUCCACCAGUUUCACCAAUUCCAUCACCACCUGAAAACUUAACUGAAAACAGAAGACAGAUAACUGAGGUGUCUGUUCCAGUGGCAGAAACUCUGGAUAGUUCUAAAGAAGAUAUGCCUUUCCCUGUCAGUGGGAGCAAUGCAAGGAGAGAAGCUUACAGCCAGGCAGCUGUUACAGAAGACCUCACAGAGAUUAGAAGAAUGCAAGAACCAGCAGAUCAAAAAAUGUAUCUGCCACAAAGUAUCUCGCUGGGAAAUGUACAGUUGAGAAACAACAGCCACAGGAUAAAGACUGAUAAUCCAAAGGAAGAAGGCUGGUUUGCCUUGUCGACACACAUCGGGUAGUACCAAGCCCAGCCAUAUGUACAGAAUUUUGGUUUAAAUUCGGUUUAUGCUGUUCUUAUAAAAACCUGGAGCCCUUUGAGCGAGAACUUGGACAUAUAAAUAUAUUAUAUCUCAAUAGAAGCUCAUGCACAUCUUGGACAGGAAUGAUGUCUGAAGAAUUCUAGGCAGUGCUGUGAAGGCAGCUGGGUUACAAGGCUCAUGUGUAGUACUUCAUGGCGUUUCUUCAGCUUUAAGCACACAAUUGACCACACAGGAGAUCUCAUACAGCAGCUUGCCAUGUGCACCUGCAUCCUCAGUGUUGCAUGUUUAAUCAGUGUGCACACUGCAAGCUACCCAUAUGAAUUGGCAUUUACUGGAUAUCCCUGUUUAGCAUAGUAUGAUAAGGAAAAUUCUAUUUAGAAUGUUUGUAUGCCAUUGAAAUGAUUAGUUUUAACAAAGACUUGAUAAUGUUUUAACCCAUUAAUGCACCCAGGCAACUAAUUUUCAAAAAUAAAGCAGUUUUUCUCCCAGUGGCAGCAGUGAUUGGAUAAUGGAAGGGGUAUUGUCUCAUGUAAUGCAUAUUCCUGAACUUUUGAUCAUAACUGGACUGUGUGUAUGUCUGCUCAUCUGAUAGAGUGUGACCUAUCUCCAUUUGCCGGGCAAAUUUAUCUUGGCAUAAAAUGUAUAGUCCCAUGUAUUAAUCUCAAAAAUUCUCCCAAGUAGUUUCCCCCCUCUUUGGAGAGGAAUGUUUAAUCAGAAAAGUACCAUUAUUGCUUUUGUUUAUUUGUAGAACAGGAAGAUGUGAUGAGAUACAUUUGAAGGCUAAAAUUUCAACCACACAGUACUCCCAGGCUGUACAAUAUAAUCUGUGUAAAACUGCAGAAUCAUAUGUGAAUCUCUAUAAAGAUGUAUAAAUAUACCUAUCUGGUAUGUGGAAGCAGGACAACCAUGUGUGUAUUAUCUUCCUGCCACUUGAGACUGAUGCAUAUAGUCUCUUGGGCGCUUUCCAGACCAGUGUUUUGCGCUGGCCUGGAUAUGUUCUAGGGUUGCCUCAGGGCAUCCUUUACAGACACCCUGCAACCCUAGCAUGUACCUGCGGUGUGAUAAUGGUGGCGCUCGUGUAUACACGGGCGCCACCAUUAUGACGUCAUGGCCACACCGCAGCCAAACAGCACGGUGCAGGCGUGACGUGCUUGCGCUGCUGCAGGGCACUUGUGGCACCCUUUCAGCGGCGCUGGAAGGAGCUCCAAAACAGAGCUCCUUUUCGCUGCGCCUAUCGCUGGCACAGCCUUUACACAGCCGCGCCAGUGAUAUGGAAGAGAAAGGGGCUGAACGGCCCCCUUCUCUCCUUCCCCGCAGCUGUCUUGUCCUUGGGACACGCAGUCUCAAGGACACCCCUUUCCAGGCCGCUUGGAAGCAGUGUUUUGCUGCUUCCCCAAGGCCUGGAGAAACGGUGGAUUGGGGGUUUUGGGGCUGCCGCUGCAGAUGCCCAGGCCCCAAUCCAGCAGGGAAAGGGGCGGGUGCAGGCCGCCUCAAAGGGGCAGUUUGCAUCCCGCCUUAGUUGCCAGUGAUGUAGGAGCUAAAGUGCACUGAUUAUGUGUUGUCAUCUUAAAGCAGUUGUAUCAACAGGUAAAACAUGCAGUUGGAAGGCAAAACACAGCAUGCAUAUCAAGUCUGGACAAAUCCUAGUAAUUUUCAUUGUAAAAUGAAAGCUGCUAUCAGUGCUGCUGGCAUGAGUCAACAAAGCAUUCUGCUUUGUCAGGAGAGGAUCUAUGAUAAUUUUGAAUUUACUAGCUUGAACAAAGGUCCAAGUGAGAGUGAAUAAACCUAAAUACAAAUGAAACAAGUACUAUUGGUAAGAAAAAGUACCAUCUCGGAGGUAACAGGUCAGCUUAUGUCCUUUUACCUUCUCCCUUCAGAAGGAGGUUUAUUGCUUGGAGGAGUGUUUUUUUGGACCCAGUCUAUUAGAAGCUCAAAGGUCUGUUGUGGCCAGGACCUUUUUGCUCAGGUUGAGCUGGUACACUAGCCAUGUUUGUUCAGAGUGGGCCAUAUUCAUGUAAAAUAAAUUUUAAAAGGCAGA